ACUUCCGGGAUGAAAGUGGGGUGAGCAAAAUGACAGCUGGUUGUUUUCAUGAAGAAGGGAAUUUCAAAGUGCACAUUGAAGUGUCAUGUGGUGAACUCGUCCAGAGUCCUCCCUGCCCGGGCCCCUACAGACCAAAUCCUGACAACUGACCACAGAGGCUCCAGCAUUUCAUCAGGGGACGAGUAUCAGCCCCAUCAGCAACUCUGGAGCCCUCGGUGCAGAGACAGAAGGAGACAGACGAUAGUCUUCAAAUCAAGGGGAGCAUCACUUCAGACACGGCCCUGGUAGUCGCUGGCAGAUAAUCACUGUGGGCGUCUCUCUCCCACACUGCUGAUCAGCUGAGGCGGAGGCCAUGCAACGGGACGAAUCCAUGGAGCCACAGGAGGACAAAUAUGGCCGUACCUUUGUGGAGGUGAUCAGUGAAAAGUACAGUCCAGAUAAUUUUCCGUGCCGCAGAGCACCUGGUAUGGGGGUGGUGGUCGUGCCCACCGCAUGUCCUCAAGGUUCCCCUAUGAAAGACCGCCUGAACCUGCCCAUUGUGCUGGUGUUAGAUAAAUGCGGCAUCAGCCGGGCAGGAGACCAGGCGGAGAUCGCUGCUUUCUGUGCUCAUGUCAGGGAGCUGGACUUGUCCCAUAACAUGCUGCAGGACUGGCACGAGAUCAGUAAAAUUGUGUCCAACAUCCCAAACCUGAAGUUCCUGAACCUGAGCUCCAACCCCCUGGCAGGAAUGACCCUGGAGCCACGGUGUACCGAAGCCUUUUUCCGGGUCCGUCGUCUCGUCCUCAACAACACCCAAGUGUCCUGGGACACCGUGCUGCUGCUCAUUCGGGAGAUACCUGAGCUGGAGGAGUUGUUCCUGUGCCUUAAUGAGUACAGCAGUUUGAGUGCCUCCGGUGUGGCCUGUCCCAGCCUGCGCCUGCUUCACAUCACCAACAACAGCCUCCAGGACUGGGCCGAAGUCCGCAAGUUCGGCUCCAUGUUCCCCAGCCUCGACACGCUGGUCAUGUCCAACAACAACUUGUCAUCCAUCCAGGACAAUAAAGACGUCCUGCAGCGGCUCUUCCCCAGCCUCCGCAGCAUCAACCUGCAAAACUCAGGUCUAAACCGAUGGGAAGACAUUGAGAAGUUGAACUUCUUCCCCAAGUUGGUGGAGGUGCGACUGCAGGGCAUUCCCUUACUGCAGACCUACACCAACACAGAACGACGCAGCCUCAUGAUAGCACAGCUUCCAGCAAUAUCACAGCUCAACGGCAGUGUUGUGACUGACAGUGAGAGAGAAGAUGCUGAGAGGUUCUUCAUCCGUUACCACUUAGACUACCCUGAGGAGGAGCUGCCCGACAGAUAUCAUUCCCUGGUAACCAAGUAUGGGAAGCUGGAACCACUUGCCGAGAUUGACCUCCGACCUCGCUGCCGUGCCCAGGUGGAGGUUCACUGUGAAGAAAAAGUGGAACAGCUGAACAUCCGUUUGGACCAGACAGUAGCUGGGCUGAAGAAGCAGCUGACAAGAGUGGUCCAGCUGUCCACCAACAGCAUGAGGAUCUACUACAUCGACAAGAACAGCGCCUUCGGUCCGGAGGAAAUGAAGUACAACACCCGGGCCCUCCACUCCUACAGCAUCCAAGAUGGUGAUGAAAUAUUGGUGGUACCCAAGACCAAAUGAGCAGCGAGUGUCAAACUGGCUGAUUAGAGUGAAUUCUUUAUUGAUUGAUUGAUUUGAUUAUAUUUUUGAUUAUUUAUUUAUUGGUUAACUGGCAUUGCAGAAUAAUUGGAACAUGCAUGAUCUGGAACAGCAUCAGCGGCCCACUUGUUGGAACGGAGAGAAGUUAAACGUGGUGUGAACACAUUCACAGGGACUCUACAGUGGACUAUGAUGGUGCAGCUGGGAGGCUCUGACAGGAGAAGGUCUUAAGCGUAUUGGGUCUUUAUUUAUUUCAGCUUUGCGUAAGGGAAUCCACCGGAGUUAGUGCACAAACCUGUCAUGAUGGAGAACAGGCCAAGAGAGCAACACGCAAUCAGUUAGCAGCUCAAGUGGAGGGCGCUGCUAUGCCUACCAAGCUUUACUACAGCUCUGUCUCUUAGUACCUGGCAUGCACCAUAGCGCCUGUGUAAGCAAGUAUCCAACACCGCCAGCUUGCCCACUCGUCGCAAAAGCUAUCGUGGUCGUGGUGAGACAGUGCUGCUGAAUGAAGAGGAACUGCAGUUCUCAAUUGCACUUUUUGUGUAGUCACAAAAUCAGGAAGGACAAUAUCUGUGAAAUGAAAAUUUCUGCCUAAACUACUUCUAAAUGUCAGGAACGGGAGAAAAACUGGGAAUUUUGGCUCCGUUUUAUUGUUAGUCAGUGUUUACUGUGUAUUACUUUGGAUAAUUGCCAUAGUGAGAGGUUUCCAUAUGAAAUCUUAAGUAUUUGGCAAAGUCACAACAGUCAAAGAGCAAUGGAUUCUUGAUAUACAUGACACUCAUCACUGGCCAAGAUUUAAUGUUACUAGGUUUCGUAUCAAAAAGCUGAUUCACACGUUUUUUCACAUUCACAUCCAUGCACAGAUAAUCAUGUCAUGGGCUGCCCCCUACAGGCUGCAUCUCUGUCUUCAACAACAAUUAAGCUCUGCCACUUCAGUAACCUCUGCAGGACACACACACACAGACACACACACAGACACACACAAAAUAUUCAAUAUGGUCAAUAUUUAGGGUAUAAAAAUGUUUUCUAAACAUUUGAACUGCACUACAAAAUGUCAAAUUCACUAUUUAGAAGAGCAAAGAGGUGAUUUUAGGGAGGGAAUUCUCCAAAAAACACUAUAUUCACUACAGUGGCUCUGAAUCUAAAUGUACACUUCAGGGUACCUGAAACACAAUCUCUUUAAAGUCCUCGUUGUUUGUGUUCAGACCAUCCUGCUUCAGUUGAGCGCAGUCUGGAGCACGAAGAGGUUUUCAUUAGCUUUCUGUCCAUGUUAAUGAAAUAUGUCAAAGACAUGGUUUUAGAGCCUUUUACCAGUUUCUUAUUGUUAUUAUGCAUUUAAGAAGAUAGUGUUUCAUGUUUUUUAAAUGCUUAUUUUUUUUUCUUAUGGAAGUUGUAUCAUUGCCAGAUUUCUUUAAUUACUUGCAUUUGUUUUGAUGAAGAUUUAAAUUUUAUUCAGUGUUCAUGGUUUUUACUGUUUAUUCACCAUCUUCAAUUUAUAAUCAGUGAUAUUUCGUAAACAGAUGCUGAUCUCAGUUUUAUGCAUUCAUGUGCAUCUUUACAUGAGCUUGACUCUCAAGACUUUUAUCAGAAAACUUGUGUUACAAACUGGAAUUGUGAAGUUUGAGAGAUGUGGGCAUUAAGGCAGAAUGUGAUGGGAGUGUUAUUUUUAGCCAUACAAAGGACUUAGAGUUAGCAUGUGUUGAACCUUGCUGCUUAAAUGACCUUUUUUAAGUUAGGUUGAGUCCACCCACUUAAAAGAAGCACUGUAGUAAAUUGCUGGAGGGCCCUUAUUUAAACUGCACACUAUUCUAUAAAUUCUCUACAUUAAUGUUUCAUGUCCACCACACAUAUAUUUUACAUCUCAGUACAUGCAGAGAUACCUUCUCCAAAGAUGACUCAGUAGGUUAUUAUUGCUAUAAAUGUAAUGUAUUAAUUUUAAUAUGCAGUAUUCACCUCACGCAAGAGGAACAUUGAUGUAAGAUGUUUGACGCUAUUGCUUUUUCCUUUAGCUGGCAACUUAGCAGAGCAGGGGAUUCGGGCAAAGGAAACAGCUGACAUCACAAAAUAAAGUAAUCAUACUGAGUGGCUGCAGCUUCAAUUCAUUCACUGUUGAUAGUAAACAGUGUUUUUAUCCUUCAAAAGUAUCAAUAUGUAAAAUGUAAAAGUAUGUAAAUACCACAAUAUUUCAAAUAUACUAUUCUGUAGUAUUUUUAUGACACUAAUGCUCUACUUGAACAUUAAACAGUGUGAUAGAAAUGAAGGUGUAGCAGCGAGCAGGUCAGAUGAAAAGACACGGAAAUCUUUUUUUUCAACUCAUUAUAGUCGAGCAGAAUUCAUGCAGGUUAGUGUAGCAUGAACCACAGCCAUAGAGACCAGCAGGGUAGUGCUGGCAUCAACAUCCAAGUGUGAAGUGUUGAGCUAUAGUGUCGGUCCUUAUCAGUGCAGGGUUUGUUUGUGUGCACUAUGCAGCUGUUUGCUGGAUGGGUGAUUUAAAGAUGUGCAUGUGUUUUUCGUCUACUGGUUUGAUGUGUUUGUGAGGAACGAGGUCUCUUCCUGCUGCGUAGAUCUAUGGAUUAAUGCACUUGGUGGAACUUUGUUUGACAUUAAGGCAGAGGGAAAUAUUAUAAGUCUUGAUGUAAAUGUAUUGGUUACCAGUUGAGUUCAUAUAGAUUUUGUUAUGAUGUUAUUCAUUCACUUUUGCUGAAUACCCUUACUUUUAUAGCCCUUAAAGCCCCUGAAAUUAGGAGUAAGGGCUAAUAAAGCGACAAUGAAAGCUGUGAGUUUCAUAUUUCAUACCUCAGCCAAUCUGCUUCAUCAGGGCUGUGAGAGAGGUGUGACAGUGGCCUGGCGACAUAAGCAAAUUGAUUGACCAAAUAUGUGAAUCAAGGUUUUUUUUUUUUUUUUUUUAAUGGCCAUCUCACAAUGUUAAAGAGAGAAAGAGAAAAACUAUUUCUGGAUCCGGCCCUUUAUCCAGAUUCGCACACCAAAAUUUAACGCAUUCAUUCUUGACCCAUACCGCUUUCUUCCACCAAGUUUUGUGAUAAUCCAUCCUGUAGGUUUUAGAUAAUCUGGCUUGGAAACAAACAGACAGGGAUGAAAACAACCUCAUUGUCGGAGGUAAAAAAAACAACAACAAACAAAGCAAAUCAGUGUUGAUCCCAUCACUCACAGCAAGAAGCUGAUUGAGAAAAUUGGUUUUCAGGCCUUUACAAGCAAGUGCCACCCUAAUUCCCCUUCUAACAGCAGCUAUCGGAGAUGUGCUGUUUGGUUGCUCAUUCUCUCGUGUUUUUAGUCGUGCUAUUCCUCUGCAGUACAGGUCAGCUCAAAAUACAGGUCGCUCAGCUAAACCAUGAGCAGCAGAGCAGCCUGUAAUCGAUCAGUCAGCAGUCCUUCAGGGAGACACCCAUUUUAGAGGCAGAGGUAAUAACUCCACCAGCAGUACAGCUACGAGACAAGUCCUGAAGCAGGAGUCAGAAGUGAGUGUUCCUCAGAGGUGAUGAUCGCUCAUUGUUUUCUUCCCAUGUAUGAAUGUGACAUUUAAAGGAAAUAGGCUCGUUCUUUUUCUAGCUCAGAGUUCAAUGAGAAGAUUAAGAAUCUCUUGUACUGUAUGUGUGCAAAAAAAUGAAGUGGUAGCAAAAUAUGCAGAUUUCAUGAACAUCUUGAAUCUUAUCUUAUGUCUCGCAUCUUUGUUUUAAUCUCUUUAAAAACUGUAGUUUAAACGGGCUGUGGUUGUAUGUGCUGGGCCAGGCUUUCCCUUGGCUCUGAAAUAUCCUGGCAACCUCCUAUAAAAUCACAACUUGUUGUUCAUACACUUAGUAGUGAUCUGUUGACGUGUUGGAGGGUGAAAUUUGUUUUCACACGGAGCCACGUGUGUUGUUAGUUGUCCUAAGCUAUUUGUAAGUUUUUGCGCUAAGCUAUGCUAACUGCCUACUGGUGUAGCCUCAUAUUAGCUGUGUCUCAAUUCAGGGGCUGCAUCCUUCCGGCCCACUAAGACUGCCUCCUUCGUGGGCCUCGUAGACCUCGAAGGCCGAACCGAAGUGAGACGGUCUGGUCUUUCCACGAUCGACAUCACCAGCUCAUCCCGCCCUUUCUGGUGUUGCCUAGCAACAGAUCUGAAGUUGGGCAUGAUGAGAAAGUGUUAGUGCUCUUUGCUUUUUUGUGUACCAUUAGCUGUUCGGUUGAGUUGAAGUGUGAUACUCAAGCAUCGGACAUCUUGUCGAUUGCCAGUGCCACUACCUCUUUGAAAAAAAUGGUUUGUCACUGAAGUGCCAUGAAUCCUGGGAUAGUUUGGGCCGGGAUGGAAGGAUGCAAUAAUCUGCUGCAUUUGAAGGUUUGAAAUGGGAUAGCCUAGUCACACCGCUGUGACACUGUCAGACUUCAAAUGCAGCCUCAGAAGGAUGCAACCACUGAAUUGAGACACAGCAAUUAAGUGUACUCAUCUGACUUUCUCCUGAGCGAUUCAUUUUUAAUUAUUUUCAAAAAUAUCAAACCACUGCUUUAAGUACACAGAAGUCAGUGAGGAUGACAAAAUUCAGCUAAAGGUUCAGUGUGUUGAAUUUAGUGACAUCUAGUGGUGGAGAACCUAUGGAAGCCUUCACUUGUCAUAAAAACUCAAGAGGUGUUUAGUUUGUCCAGUUUGGGCCACGGUAAAAAACAUGGCGGCCUCCGUAAAUGGGAACCGACUUGAGAUGUAAAUAUAAGCUAUUUAAAUAUAAAGGGCCCAUUCUAGGAUAAAGAAAACAACAAUUUGUAUAACUUAGAUGAAACACAUCGUGAAAACAUCAAAAGUUACAUAAGAUUAUUUUAUAUUCAAUUUCCGCCAAAAGAUCCCUUUCACCUAAAUCUCACACACUGGACUUUUAAAAAUGCAAAUGGAAGAUAUGAGUAAAAAAAGUCAAAAGUCAUUCUGUAAGAAGCUGUAGAAGAAUUGAGAAGCAGAAAAUAUCUGUAAAACCUCUCACACUAGUGAUGAAUGUAUAAUGUGACUGUUUAACAGAAAUGAAACUCUCUUCUGUUAGAUUAAGCCUUGCCUGCUGAAAUGCAGGAAAAUCCAUACACUGAAAAGCUCCAUGUUUCCUUUGUUUAGUUAGUACUUGUGUUAAAUUCUAAUAAUGCCAGACAUCUGGCAGCUUUCGAACUGCAUAUCGUGUUUGAAUGGAAACCCAAGAUUCUAAAUAGCUACUCUGGAUGUAUCCAUAAAUACACUGCUUCAGUUAUCGUCUGCCUCCCAAAGUGGUGCACCAGAGCUCAGGUGGAUCUCAGAAGACAGUGUUUUGUCUUUGAUUAUAGUCUUGUAGAUUUUGGUUCGACUGAAUGUUGAGGAGGCCCAGGUUUCGCCACUGCUCAGACUGAGACACCAGUGUUUAAGCUAACCAGCUCACCCACCCAUGUAACUGCUCAUUAUCUGUGGCAUUUAAAGCAUACUCAGUUUUGUAAGGAAACUAUAUGAAGUAUAAAAUGGAUCAGAGUGAGUCAUCUUGCUUGUGUAAGUGUGUGUAGAGAAAGAUGCGUCACUGAAUGGUAAUAAAUGGAAUU